AUGAAUUCAGCGGCGGGAAGGCGGCGAACGAAGGCCGUGAUUGGCGCGGCCCUCUUGCUGCUGCUCCUCGCCAGCACCUUUGUGGAAACUGCGGUCGCGGUGAGCCGAAAGGACGUGCGGCUUGCGCUGCAGAAGAUUAGACGAAACCCGCGCCUUCAACGUUUGAACUUCAAGAAGUUCUUUCAAAAGUUUGUGCUCUUAGCCAUCAACCAGAAGGGCCCCAUCACGCUCUUCCUCCCCACCGACCCCUACACCAUGUACACAGCCUACUCGGCUGGCUACACGGCCCAAGACUUCGCCACUCUUGGCAAAAACAACAUGAUCCCAGAGUACCAUGUCUACAAGGACUUUGUGCAUGAUGCUGCGGGUACAACCUACACCACAGUGCUGGGUGAAAAGGUGAAGAAGUGGAAUGGUAAGCGCACCAAAUUGGUGGCUUUGCAGGCAGCCAAGGGUCUGCCUAGUCUUGUUACAUGGCCCAACAUGUUCCAAGGGGAUACUCUCGUGAUUCACCUCGUGUCCCUAGCUUUGAUUCCCUCAUCCAUGUGA